CUUUGCAUGGAAACAGCCUUAAGAGGAAUCCCUGAAAACAUCCCUCAAGAUUUGAUCAAAAUCUGAAAUGAGAAUUCACACCUUACAGAAAUAUCUCGUGGAACAUUUUCUAAAGUGCGUGCCUUGGAGUACUUCUGGUUGAAUUAUUUUAGCGUAUACAGCCUGGAAGGGUUGAAUAUUGAACUUCGACUGCAGGGGAACAAACUGCACUGGGUACCAUGGACAACGUUUCAGCACACGCCUGGUUUAAAGAUUCUGGAUGUGAAACACAACCACCUGGACGUUAUCCCAGAGUACGCCGUAAAAUAUUUGCCAAGUCUGACCUUCUUAAACUUGUCCUUCAAUCAGCUUACGGUAAUAUCUACAGAGGUCUUCCUAAGCUGGCCUCUUUACUUCAAGGCAGAAGAAUACGGAAAGAGAGAAGAAGUCACGUCUAAUGUGCUGGUGCUACAUGACAACCCAUGGGUCUGUGUCUGUCGGCUGAAAGGCUUUGUCCAAUUAAUCGACUCACUCAGCCCCUCCAUAAUUAUAACAAACUCGUAUUUUAUAUGCUCGAGUCCCGAGCAUAGGGCGGGUAGGUUUUUUCACGAGGUUGAAUUGAAGACGUGCAUGAAGCCCGUGGCCACCGCACCCAUUGAAAACACCACCGUGCUGCUAGGAGCGAACAUCACUCUGGCGUGUGUAGCAAAGGCCAGGCCCAGUCCAGCCGUCUGGUGGACAUAUGGCCUGAAGAAAAUAAGAGGAUUAAAUGAGUCACAGACACAGGUGGAUGUGGACACGGUCAGGUGUGAUCUGGUCAUUCCCUCCCUGCACCCAGCUGAGGCCUUCAACUUUAUUGGGAACGCCUCGGUCAGCAUGCAGGUGAAUGCAGAAUCCUCUGGUUCGUCCUUCCCACUGUCCUCUGCCUUCCACCUGCCCCCGGCUGAGGAGAGUGCCUGUGUCUAUGUGCGCGUUGUGGUGCAGAUGGUGCGCGGUAUCACCCUUGAGUGGCAGGCUGACACUGCCCGUCCCACUGAGGCCUGGUGCGCUCUGCACUUUGGCAGGGUUGGCACUGCCAAGAAAGUUGCCGUCUACAUUGCCUCAGGAGUCGACAGGUAAUCCCUCACUGACCUCUUGCCCACCACCAAGUAUGAGGUGUGCAUGGCGCUUAGGAGCCAGGGCCCCAGGGCCGACCAGUGCAUCAUGUUCCUGACAGGCAGCGAGGCCAGUGAGCUGGAGGAGAGGGGGAGGCCUGUUCAUAUCCUGGUUAUCUUCUGCUCCCUGGUGCUGGUGGUGCCCAUGGGCAUGCAUCUCUGCACCUUGAAGACCAGCUCCAAUUGCUUGGACUGCCACACGCGGUUGCCCAGGCAGCAGAGGUACAGAGAGAAGAGCCCAGGGCUGGGAGGGAGGCAGGGAGCUUUUGACAGCCUGUAG